UACAGUAGUUUCUCAUUUAUUUUUCCCUUUGAAAGUGAAACCCCUAUUCUAUUCCACGCUCUCAAUUUCUCAAAGAAAGCUAGGGUUUUCUGAAUAGCCACUGAAGAUGCCGGAGAAGCUCAACUCGACGCACCAAACCCUAAUUCAAGCUCUGUUAUCACGCGGCCCUCUCAAGGACGACGAGUUCCAUUCCAUCUUCACCGGCCUCACCGGCAAAAACCCAGGUACUCAUAAACAGCUAUUUGAUGAAUAUCUCCUAAAGAUAAACAAGGCACUUUCUUAUGUUCAGUGUGAGUUACGAGGCUUCAGGAACCAAUAUGAUGGCCGAGUUUACUAUGGGGUCGUUAAUAAUGUUUCUGAUGAACAGUCCAAGCUGGGAACAAGAUAUUCGGUUCCGCAGAUUGCUUUCUACAAGGCAAUUAUAGAAGCAAUUAUGCAAGAUGCCACAGCCCAAGGUAGCAUAUCUGACAUUGAUGCUCUUAAUCUGCGAUUGGAGAAUCAGGUUUUAACUGACAUAGGAUCACAAUCACAAGACGGUCCAACUCAUGUCCCCCCGGCACUCAAGAAUUUCUCAAUAUCUCAGAAGCAAAAAGCUCUUGAUGAACUUGUGCUGGAUCAGUGGCUUACCCACACCCCUGAUGGUAACAUUGGACUUGGUGUCAGAUCCUUUCUGGACCUGCGCAGUUAUUUCCGUAAUAGUGAUAUUCCUUCAUGUCAAGUGUGCAACGAAGCUGGAGUGAAGGCAGAGGUGUGCCAGAAUGAUUCUUGUACGGUCCGGAUUCAUAAAUACUGCCUAAAGAAAUUAUUUUCCCGAAGAAGGGGUGGAAGAAUUUGUCCAAGUUGUGGGACUCAAUGGCAUUAUGCAGUACCCAAAGCUGAACUCAUAGAAGAAGAGGAAGAGGAAGAGGCAGAUGUGCCCACUCAGAGCCUGCCACCUGUGGGACCUAAAAGAAAGAGACUUGAAACCAGCAAAACUGGUGAUGUUAAUAUAGUUCGAUCUGGUUCCUCUCAAGCUUCCAUCUCUGCUUCUGAUCUGAGAAGAACAACUCGAAGUACUGCCCACUUAAGGUAAUUUCAUGUGCCCCUAUAACAGGGGACUAGGUGAAAUAUGCUGUAUAGUUUGCUUCAAAACUACUGGUAUUCUCUGUAUACACCUUGUGGAGCCAUCGUUGCCGGAAUUUUUUGUCGAAUGCUUCACAAGUCUGUUUUUUUAAUGUCCCGGGUAUUUUGAAACAAACUAUAAUUAUAUAUUAGAUUUCUGAGUAGGUUGAAAUCACCUGGAGGAUUUUAUGUUAGAUAUUUGAUUCUCCCUUCAGUAGCUACCAGCAUUGUAAAUUCUCAUUUCUUUUCCUCCGCCUGGGAUGCUAAAUGGAUCAUUUUGAUUUAUGCUUUGAUGACAUCUCCAGAAAUGCUUUUAUGGUGCAGUUGGUAUUCUUUUC